AUAAUUAGAAGCGUAAUAAAAAGUUGUUUAAUAAAAAAAAAUGGUUUCUAAAAAAUUAUUAAAAUUAUUUUCACUUAGUUUAGUUAUAGUUAUUAUUGUUUUCUCCAUUUACUAUGAUGUAAAUAACUUUAGCGCGUAUAUUAGUAAGGUUAGAAAGUCGGAAGAACCGCCAUAUCCUAAAGUUCCCGGAAUAAAAAAAAUCGAUGUAGGAGAAGGCGACGAUACUUGGAUUUUAACUGACAAAAAUGAACUUUAUCACUGGAACCGUUUUAAAAAGACGUUCCUGUAUGAGAGGAACCAUGUUUUCGACUUCGCAGUUGGAUCAGAUGGCAGCAUAGUUUAUAUUGAUGUUUACAAUAGUGUACACAUCAGAGAUUCAAUUAGUUCGUGGCAUAUUAUUUAUGAUUCGAAAUAUUACAAAAUUUCGCGGAUUUCGAUUUGUGAUUAUAAUACAAUUUUUCUUGUGGACACCUUUCAUAACUUAAUUAAAGGUGUCUAUGAUAGUGGAACUGAUCAUUAUAGCUGGGACUUAACACCCGGCCAUUUUUAUCAAGCUUCCUGUGCUUUUCAUGACUAUUCGUUGUGGGCAAUAUGCGAAGAUUAUGUUUAUCUUUAUAUAAAUAAAUUUAAAAAAAUCCUUCGAUCAGAAGUUGUAUUUAUAUACAUUAAAGCACUCUCAAAACAACAUGCAAUUGGAAUUGAUAGUGAUAAUACCCUAUGGGAAUAUAUUAAUGGGACUUGGACUUGGGUUAGAAGUAACGUUAAAAGCGCCUCGAUAAAUUAUAGCAAUGAUAUUUAUUAUGUUGAUAAUAACAAUUUGAUCUAUAAAAAACCAAAAGAUUUAAAAAGUUGAAAACUUUUCGUAUCAUUAUCACGUGAUCAUUGCAAAAUUUUUUGAACAUAAUCAAAAAAAAUUCACAAAAAUCGGCCAGCAUUAUGACAUUGGCUCACAUUAAAAAAUUAGCAUAAUGCAAUUAAUGCAUGAAAAAUAGGAUUUUAUGCACUGAAAAACAUAUAAUUCAAAUUACUGUAAAGUCCCGAUAUAAGCAUUGAAAAUAAGCAUCCCUUACCAGAAUUAUGAUAAUUUUGGCCUACAUUAUGAUGUGCUCGGCUGGCAUUACAUACGAAACAGGGUGCUUAUUAUCAGAAAUGUUUUUAGAAAUUAGCUUUUUUAUACACUAUACCAUUAUUUGCCACAAAUAUAUCAAAUUUGAUAAUUGAUAAUAUAAAUAUUUUUCAAUUAUAUUAUACUUUUUCAUUUUUAUACUAAUUGAAAUUUAUAUAAACAUUAAAAAGUAAAGAAAUAAACUCAAAAUUAU